GCCCCCAGUGAACGUCGGAUGAACAUAGACAUUGCCAGUAUAGACAUGGUGUCUGAAGUCAACAUGGAUUACACCUUAACUAUGUAUUUUCAACAAUACUGGAGAGAUAAAAGACUAGCCUAUGCUGGGAUUCCUCUCAACCUUACGCUUGAUAACAGAGUAGCAGAUCAACUUUGGGUGCCUGAUACUUACUUUCUAAAUGACAAGAAGUCAUUUGUGCAUGGCGUUACAGUUAAGAAUCGAAUGAUUCGCCUUCAUCCAGAUGGCACAGUAUUGUAUGGCCUCAGGAUCACAACCACUGCAGCUUGCAUGAUGGACUUGAGAAGAUACCCACUAGAUGAACAGAACUGUACACUGGAGAUAGAAAGUUAUGGAUACACAACAGAUGACAUAGAAUUUUAUUGGAGAGGUGGGGAUAAUGCAGUAACUGGAGUGGAGAGAAUUGAACUGCCUCAGUUUUCUAUUGUGGAGUACAAACUUGUAUCCAGGAAUGUUGUCUUUGCCACAGGUGCCUAUCCAAGACUGUCACUCAGUUUUAAGUUGAAGAGGAAUAUUGGAUAUUUUAUACUCCAGACCUACAUGCCCUCAAUACUGAUUACUAUUUUGUCAUGGGUGUCAUUCUGGAUCAAUUAUGAUGCAUCAGCUGCAAGAGUUGCUCUUGGUAUUACAACUGUACUUACUAUGACAACUAUCAACACUCACCUCCGAGAGACUCUGCCCAAAAUUCCCUACGUCAAAGCCAUUGACAUGUAUCUUAUGGGCUGCUUUGUAUUUGUCUUCUUGGCCUUACUUGAAUAUGCCUUUGUUAACUACAUCUUCUUUGGGAAAGGCCCUCAAAGGCAGAAGAAACUUGCUGAAAAGACAGCCAAAGCAAACAAUGACCGCUCUAAAUUUGAAAGCAACCGGGUGGAUAUGCAUGGGAAUAUUUUGCUAACAUCCCUUGAGAUUCACAAUGAAGUUGCAAGUAACGAGGUCACUACAAGUGUUACUGAUCCUCAGAAUUCAACAAUAUCAUUUGACAACUCAGGUAUCCAGUACAGAAAACAGAGCUCACAUCGAGAAAAUCUUGGAAGGCGUACAUUGGACAGAACUGGCACCCAUACCAAGAAGAGUCAUUUACGGAGAAGGUCAUCACAGCUAAAGAUAAAAAUUCCUGACCUAACAGAUGUGAACGCCAUAGACAGAUGGUCACGAAUGGUGUUUCCAUUCACAUUUUCUCUUUUCAACUUAAUCUACUGGCUAUACUAUGUCAACUAAACUGACUUCUACUUUUUUAACUAAAGACUUCAACAAGCAAAAUACUACUCUGCCUGUUAUUUUGUAUCUGUACAUAAGAACUUUUGCACUAUAUAUAUAUAUAAUAUAAUAUAUACAUAUAUAUAUAUAUAUUUAAAAUCCUGUUUACGUGUGUACAUAUAUUGUGAAAGAAUGUGUAUUAUACCCAUUGUGCAUACACAUAUACACUAUAUAUAAAUAUACUCUCUCUCUCUCUCUCUCUCUCUCUCUCUCUGGAUGAUAAUAGACAAUUUAACACACAAUGCACAUUAAUGAACUUUUUUUAAAAUGUAGAGACAAUUGUUCUGAAUAUAUUAAAUUUAAAGAAAGCUAAGUGUUGUAUAGGACCACCAAACAAUUGUCAGAUCUCUGUUCCAUAUUCUUAGAAUUCUGUGAUAUUGUUUGCAAAGACCUUUCAUUUAUUCUGCUCAUUAACUGAUACAACUGCACUGGUAAGGUUUGUUUUUUAAGUAAUUUAUAUUUGAUGUCAGGUUAACAAUCACUGGGCCAUAUUGAUCAUGAUUUUUAUUUUAUAAUGUCAUAGAUAAUGCUACUUUCCUUAAAUUGACAUCAUUUUCAUGAAUCACAUUUCCUCUGUUUUAGUAACUUAAAUGUUAUUCAAGGUAUGGGUUUGUUUAGUGUUCAUAGGACUUUAAUAUCCAAUGUAAGGUUCCACUUAAAAUGGAAAAGGGGUGAUUUAUUAUAAGCACUCCACACUUCAGUGCACAAUGUAAUAUUUUAUUCUGAGCUUUUCCAAGUACAUUUUCUGUUUUGGUGAGGGGAAACCCCAGUUACCUAUUGCUACAGUAAUACAGUUUGAAAUUAAAUGGCUGAUGGAAGUAAUUUGUUAAAAAAUCAUUUCUUAAUUAUUUUAGCAGUUGUUUAAAACAUUAAAACAUUAUUAUUUUAACUGUUUUAAAAGCAACAAUGACACUAACGGGUUGAGUAGUAAAUUAAGCUUAACAUUAUUUGUUGCCUUGGGGAGGCAAUUUUGGAGAGGCUUGGUCAUUUUUGGCUAUUUAUAGUAAUUUUAAUUGUUGUUUUUAUUUAAAGAUAACAUGUUACUAAUGUAUUACUAAUGCUUAAUGUAAUUAACUAUAUUAAUAAUUUUUACUAAAGCUAUUAGCAUCAAUGAAUUAAUUUUCAAAUUACCAUUAAUACAUCAGCUUUAACACUGAUGUUUCCAAGUUAUAUGUGUCUUAACCAAAGUUAAUAAAGCACCUUCUAUGCAGGGCUACUAUAAACUGAGGAAAGUCAUACUGAGAAGAAUAUUAAUAUUAAAUUAAUAAUAAUAUUGAUAAACAUUCUUAAAUAGAUUAAUAUUAAUAAUUUCAUUCUCCUCUGCCUUGAUGUAACUGCUGUCUAUUUUCAAAGGGCUAGAACCCUAUAUGUUGCAAGACGUUUUGGAAGGAAGCAGGCAAACUGAAUGACUUCUGUACAAUAAGAAAUUAGUUAUUAUAUGGUCAAACUAGAUGACACAAAUAUAAUACUUAGAGAGGGGUCCCCUCAAGUGCUGAAAUGUGUCAUAGCACAUGACUUUCCUCACCUGCGUAAAUUGUGUUUAGUGUGCUUUGUUCUGUGAAUAAUCACUGGAAGAUCAGCAUGAGUUUAAUUUUCAAAUCUGAUUACUGAGCACAAAACUCUGGCCAGGAAGGGGUGGGAAUAGACUAAAUGGGUCAGUAGUAAGGAAUAUGCAUUACUCCUAGAAUCCAACUUGACCGUAUCAUGAAACUUUUAAAUAAAAAUAAUUGUAACAAAGAUACAAACUGCUGAUCUUAAAUGUUUCUUUAAAGACUACUAUUCCAUUGAUAAUCUAGAAGACACCUGAGUUUAGUUGUUUUAACAGAGGACAGUCUAGCUGUGUUUAUUGUUUGUCUGUUUUUAAGGAAAAUGCAUUCCCAUUAUAAAACAUUCUUAUGACAUGACUAAUAUAAUAUAUAUUUGCAUUCUAUGCAUAUAUAUUAAUAUUUUAUCCAAAUUUUAUUUCUAGCGCUUGCUAUUGUGACUGCAUGGUAUAUCAUGCUUUUGUUUCUGUGAUGUUACCGUUUUUCUUCUCUAGCACUAAGCCAAUAGACUCCUUCUAAUGUAUAAAAUCAGUAACAGAACAUUUUCAUGUCUGUUUUGUACAUAUAUUAUAUACACUAAAUUUGCUAGUAUAGUUGAUAUACUACAUUCACAAACCAUAAACAAUAGAGAACAAAUGUCUUGCUUGAACAUUAAAUGCAUUCAGUCAUUUUUCUUUGCAAAAUGUUGCCAGUUUUAUUUUCAUUCUGGUUCACAUCUUCAUUGGUUCUGAACUUUUCCUACAUGGAAGAUUCUAGUACAGUGGGCCCUUGUUAUAUGCUAGGGUUUGGUUCCAAGAUCCCCCAUGUAUAAUGAAAUCCGU